AUCGCAUUGUAGGGUACAUAAAUUAUAAAUACAUUACAUAAUUACUCCGUGUAUAUAUAUAUAUAUAAAUAUAUAUAUAAAUAUAUGGAGAGAGAGAGAGAGAGAGAGAGAGAGAGAGAGAGAGAGAUAGAGAGAGAGAGAGAGAGAGAGAGAGAGAGGUUUGUGUCGAAUGGCUUAUUAGCAGGGAGUAACAUUUAGGCAGCCGUUUUAGCUGCAGUUCAGCUGAGUGGAAAGGAGAUGGAGGAGGCAAAGAAGAGAUAGCUUACGCAGCUAGCUAAGGCACAGAGACAAGCCAUGUUCGAGGGUGGAUUUCCAGAGCAAUUCCACCACUUCAUGAUAGCCUCAUCAACACCUCCUCCUCCUCCUUCCUCAUCACUUGCUCUCUCUUUCCCUCUCCAAGCCCCUCCCUCGCCACUGCCGCAAGCCACCUUCCCAAUCACUGCUCCUCCAUACCCAUCAUCUCAUUCAUCGGCUCCACUGCUGCUCCAUCUGCAACCUCAGCUCGAUCUCGAUCUCGACGUCCUUCCCCACAAACAUGGCGAGAAGCAGCAGCAACAAGUCAUGAUGAUUAAUGCUUCUAGUGCUGCCAGUGGCUUGGAGCUCGGAAGGGAUCGGGGAUCCGGCAUACCCGACCAACUACUGUUCGAUCCGUGGACCAACGACGAAGUGCUUGCACUCUUGAGGAUCAGAUCUAGCAUCGAGUACUGGCUUCCCGAUUUCACUUGGGAACAUGUUUCAAGGAAGCUGGGAGAGCUUGGUUACAGAAGAAGUGGUGAGAGCUGCAAGCAGAAGUUUGAGGAGGAAAGCAGGCACUUUGACAACAUGAGUACUGGUAGUUACACAAUGAAGAGCCACUACACUAGGCCUUUCUUCAGUGAGCUUGAAGAAUUCUGCCAUGGUGAAAACUCCUCGCAGGUCUUAGUCGAAAGAAAUCAAAAUGUUGUGCAGAAGUUACCCAGUGAAGAAGGUGAAGUAGACAAUGUUGAGCAGCAGCGUUUCAGCUUGGUACAAGAUUCUAGAAAUGAAGUAUUAAGGGAAAAUGACCAAAAGAAAUCAGAAAGCAAGAAGAGAAAGAGACACGGCCACCACCGGAGGAAAUUCGAACUGUUGAAGGGCUUUUGUGAGGACAUCUUGAACAAGAUGAUUGCUCAACAAGAAGAGCUUCACAACAAGAUAAUUGAAGACAUGUUAAAGAGAGAAGAAGAGAAGAUUGCAAGGGAGGAAGCUUGGAAGAAACAAGAAAUCGAGCGGAUCCACAAAGAAGUUGAAAUAAGAGCUCAAGAACAGGACAGACAAACCAAACUCAUUGAGGUCUUGAAAAACUUCACAUCAACAAUUUCUUCUCCUGAUCAGAACCAAUCCUCCGGAAGGAGAACUCACGACGACAAUGAGAACUCUGCCAAAAUCGCAAAGGGGGGUACCGCUUCGUUUUCCUCCACUUCAUGUUCUCUCAUCCAACCUCACAACCCUAAUCCAACAUCUCAACCGAGCGACACGCAAAACCCUAGCUUCGCGGCCACACUGAAAGAGAAUCCAAACGGAAUCAUGGAAAAUGAAAACCCUAGUUUGGCCGGAGCGGGAAUCGACCUUGCCAAUGACAAAAGUGCUCCUCGGAAGCGGAAUAUUGCGGCAGUAGUACUAGAGAAGGAAAUGAGAGAGGAUUUAGGGAAGAGAUGGCCAAGGGAUGAACUUUUGGCACUCAUAAAUCUUCGGUGCAGCAGUCACACUAGCAAUGAAGACAAGGAAUCAGGAGUAGCAAAGGGUCCUCUGUGGGAGAGAAUAUCGCAAGGGAUGUUGGAAUUGGGGUACAAGAGGAGUUCCAAGAGGUGCAAAGAGAAAUGGGAAAACAUCAACAAGUACUUUAGGAAGACCAAAGAUGUGAACAAGAAGAGGUCUGUUGAUUCCAGGACUUGUCCUUAUUUCCACCAAUUGAACACCUUGUAUGCCCAAGGAACAUCACUAGUUCAUUUGGCUCCGCUAGGUCGUGAUGACGGGCGGGAAAACCCUUCCCCUACUGCAGAAGCUAGCUCGGAGGUCUAAAAUUCCGUUACGCGCGUAAGGGGUGUUAUUAUACGUAGUAGGCAGGAAUAGCGAUGUUGGCGAAGCUGUGAGGAAUUUGCUUAAAGUACUAGAUACAGGCUUUAGACUUUUGAGUUUUAACUCUGUUUGUGUGUUUUGGUUAUUCUCAAGAUCGAUGUGCCUUUUUCUUUUUUGGUUUUCCCCACUGUUUUGGUGAAGCUGUGCCAUCUUAAUUA